UAAUGUCAUAGUCACAUGCCACACAUUCACACAGUGGUAAGCAAGGAGAACAACAACUUUGCCAGGUGACAGAUCUAAAUUUGAAGGCAAAGUGGUCAUUAAUGAGAGAAUAUAAAACAUCCAGCAUCAUUGAUACGAUCCAGGGGAUGCAACAUGGUGAGAUUUGAUCAUACAGAAGUCCCAGUGCAGAUGGACUAUGUGAACAUGACUCGUGCUUCAAGCCAAGGAGGGACAGAUGCAGUGACAGGAAGAAACGUGUACAGACUAGUUGCUGUGGUCUUUGGACUCCUGUGCGUCCUGCAAGCUGCUCUCAACAUUUCACUGCGUCUUACUACCUUACAUUCUUCCAAUAGCCAUCGCCGACAAGGAUGGGUUUAUUUCCCCUCUAGUUUGUAUUACAUUUCUUCAACAACAAGAUCCUGGUCCAGCAGCAGAGCCGACUGCCUUCGAAGAGGUGCAGACCUGGUGGUUAUCAACAGCAGAGAAGAGCAGGCCUUCAUAGUGAAAUUCAACCUGAGGGUGUGGAUUGGGCUGACCGAGAAAGACGGCACAUGGAAAUGGGUGGACAGGUCUCAGCUGACAGAAAGCUACUGGGCUGCAAAUGAACCUAAUAAUUAUGAAGGCACAAAGGAAGACUGUGUACAAAUAAGGUUCGGUGACAUCAAUAACAGCUGGAAUGAUGUCACAUGUGGAGAACAACACUUUUGGAUAUGUGAAAAGAUUGUGUCAGAUGGAGCCUAUUCCACCCGGCUUUGGGUGAAAGGUGGACUUCUCCCUGGACUGGUUGUCAGUCGUCACAGGACACACACAGAGAAAAGCAACCAUUAACUCUCACAUUCACACCGUCACUGAUUUGGAACGGAACCCACAGUACCUGCACCGAAGU